GGAAGAGGUGGAGUGGGGGAAGCCACUCUGCCUCCUUCCAUUCAUUUUGAUUCCGCAUUUUGUCUCUCUCCAAGUCAAAAGCUAAAAAAAAAGGAAAAAGGGGGUGGUGGUGAUUUUGGGAGAUCCCUUUAAGGGAGCCUCAGAUUUCUUGCAAAAGGGGAAGGGGGGGGAAGGCUGUUUGUUUGGGAAGCUUGAUUUCCGCUCUCUUAAAUUCGGGUGUUUUUUAAAAAAGGAAAAAUUUGUGCGUAGGGAGGGGGGACGCUGGAACUAUUUUCUCCCCUCGUUUCUAUCCUUCGAUCUGCGGAUCUCUCCAUUUGUUUAUCGGAAAGCCCAGGCACGCACGCAGCUCCCAGCCUCUUCUGUGUUUUUAUUUAGAGAAAGGGAGGGAGGGAGGGAAAAAGAGAGAGAGAGAAGGGGAGCAAAAGAAAAGAUGGAGGUCGAAGAUGCGGACUGUUUGCUCCAAAGUGGUAUAUGUUUGCUACUUCUGGGUGACUGCAGGCAACGCUGAGCGCCGCGACCUUUCUCCAGCCUCUCGGAGUACUUUGGAGGAGGAAGAAGUUGUGCCAGGAGGGGGGAAAAGCGGGGGAAGUCUGUUACCUUAUUUUGCAGGCACCAAAACAGGCUUUUUCCCCCUGCCUCCCCUUCCCCCGUCUUGGUUUUUCAUUCAGAGGGGGACAGAACAAUUUCCUUCCUAAGGAGGGAGGAGAAGAGAGAAAAAAACAACACCCCUUUGCUCCAAAACAUCUCGUAUUUUUUUCACCUUUCCAAUUUCUUAUUUUCCCCUCCUCCCCUGAGUUUUUGAAGGAAGGGGAGGCUUGUAUUCCCCCUCCCCAUUAUUCUUUUUUCUGGGGAGGGAAGGAGAACUGAGGACUUAAAACUGUUGGGAUUUUGUGUGUAUAUAUAUAUAUAUAUCAAGAAAAGGCCGUUUUGCUCCAAAAUAAUAAUAACAAAAAAGAGGAAUGAAGUCAGGCGCCGGAGGAGGGUCUCUGACCUUAUUUGGGGGACUUCUGAUUAUCUUGACUGCAUUUUGCCUGUGGCCAGCAAAUGGAAAAAUUUGUGGGCCAAAUAUCGACAUUCGUAACAAUGUGGAACAGUUCAAGCAGCUGGACGACUGUACGGUGAUUGAAGGGUACCUCCGGAUUUUGUUGAUCAGCCAAGCCGAGGACUUCAGUCAUUACCGCUUCCCGAAACUCACAAUGAUCACAGACUAUCUGCUGCUGUUCCGUGUGGCGGGCUUGGAGACCCUCAAAGACCUCUUCCCCAACCUCACAGUCAUCCGCGGCAAGAACCUUUUCUACAACUACGCAUUGGUCAUCUUUGAGAUGACUAACCUCAAGGAAAUUGGACUGUACAACCUGAGGAACAUCACCCGGGGGGCCAUCCGGAUCGAAAAGAAUUCUGACCUGUGUUACCUCUCAACCUUGGACUGGUCUCUGAUCUUGGAUGCUGUUUCCAACAACUACAUCGUGGGGAAUAAACCGCCAAAGGAGUGCGGGGACUUGUGUCCGGGGACAGCCGAGGAGAAGCCGCUUUGUGAGAAGACAUCCAUUAACAACGAAUACAGCUAUCGCUGCUGGACUUCCGGCCACUGCCAGAAAAUGUGUCCCAGCUCAUGUGGCAAACAUGCUUGUACUGACCAAAAUGAAUGUUGCCACCCGGAAUGCUUGGGAAGCUGUACGGCCCCAAACAACAACUCGGCAUGUGUGGCUUGUCGCAACUACUACCACGAUGGGACCUGCGUCGCCACCUGCCCGCUCAACACGUACAAGUUUGAGGGCUGGCGCUGCAUCACAAAGGAGGCCUGCUCCAAAGUGGCCUUGGAACACUUCGAAUAUGAUAGCUUUGUGAUUCAUGACGAUGCGUGUGUGUCCGACUGUCCUCCUGGAUUUGUGCGCAAUGAUACUCAAAGCAUGUUCUGCAGCCCUUGCGAAGGACCCUGCCCCAAGGUGUGCUCCUUUGAAAAGACGAUAACCAUUGACUCUGUCACGUCAGCAGAGUUGUUACAAGGAUGCACAGAAAUCAAAGGGAGCCUCGUUAUCAACAUCCGCCGUGGAAGCAACAUUGCCUCGGAACUGGAGAACUUGAUGGGCUUGAUAGAAACAGUGACUGGCUAUGUGAAGAUCCGGCAUUCCCAUGCACUGGUUUCCCUCUCAUUUUUGAAGAAUCUGCGCUAUAUCAACGGAGAGGAUCAGCUGGAAGGGAAUUACUCAUUUUAUGUUCUGGACAACCAAAACCUGCAACAGCUAUGGGACUGGAGCCAUCACAACCUGACCAUAAAGGAAGGCAAGAUGUACUUUGCUUUUAAUCCCAGACUCUGUGUUUCGGAGAUCCAGGAUAUGGAGAGGGUUACUGGAACCAAAGACCGGCAGAGUAAAGGCGACAUAAAUCCAAGGAACAACGGAGAGAGAGCGUCCUGUGAAAGCCACAUUCUGAAAUUCAUUUCCAACACAACCAGGAAGAAUCGGAUCAUGCUAACCUGGGAACAGUAUCGCCCCAAAGACUACAGAGAUCUGAUUAGCUUCACCGUUUAUUACAAAGAGGCACCUUUCAAGAAUGUGACAGAAUAUGACGGGCAAGAUGCAUGCCGCUCCAACAGCUGGAAUCUGGUUGAUGUGGACCUUCCUCAAAAUAAAGAAGACAAUCCGGGGAUUUUGCUACAGGCGCUUAAACCAUGGACUCAGUAUGCCAUUUACGUCAAGGCUGUCAUGCUCACUAUGAUGGAGAAUUACCAUGCUCAUGGAGCAAAGAGUGAGAUCGUCUACAUCCGAACGAAAGCCGCAGUACCAUCUGUUCCUCUGGACGUCAUUUCAGCUUCCAAUUCUUCCUCUCAGCUGAUUGUGAAAUGGAACCCACCCACUUUCCCCAAUGGCAACCUCUCCUACUACAUUGUGCGGUGGCAACAGCAGCCUCAGGAUAGUUACCUUUAUAGGCACAACUACUGCUCCAAAGAUAAAGUCCCAAUUCGGAGAUACGCUGACGGCACCAUCGAUACCGAGGAAGCAACUGAACCUACCAAACCUGAGGGUUCUGGGGGAGAAAGGGGACCUUGUUGCUCCUGCCCAAAGACAGAGGCAGAGAAGCAGGCAGAGAAAGAGGAGGCAGAAUACCGAAAAGUCUUCGAGAAUUUUCUACAUAAUGCCAUCUUUUUGCCCAGGCCUGACCGGAAGCGCAGGGAUCUGUCGCCUGUUGCAAACACGACCUUUGCUCACAAGAACAGGACUGCCACAGCCCCAGAGCACUUUGCCAAUGAGUCGGAUGCUGAGGAGGCUGAGAUGGAGUUUCCCUUCUUCGAAAGCAAAGUGGAAGGCCGGGAGCGGACACUUAUCUCCCACCUCUUGCCUUUCACGCUCUACCGUAUCGACAUCCACAGCUGCAAUCAUGAAGCUGCAAAUCUCGGCUGUAGCGCCUCUAACUUUGUUUUUGCAAGAACCAUGCCUGCAGAAGGAGCUGAUAACAUUCCAGGGCCAGUAACGUGGGAAGGGAAGGAAGAAAACGUUAUAUACCUCAAGUGGCCAGAACCGGUUAGCCCCAAUGGGUUGAUCUUGAUGUAUGAAAUCAAAUAUGGGCAAAAUGGAGAGGAGAAGCGGGAAUGUGUUUCAAGACAAGAAUACAAGAAACUUCGAGGAGCCAAACUGACACAUCUGAACCCUGGAAAUUAUUCUGUCCGAGUUCAAGCCACGUCACUGGCUGGGAACGGAUCCUGGACUGAGGCAAUCUCAUUCUAUGUGCAGCCCAAAACACCGAAUUACGGGGGUUUCUUGCACCUGAUUAUUGUUCUACCCAUUGCUGUCAUUUUGAUCAUUGGAGGGCUGCUCAUCAUGCUGUAUGUCUGUAAUAAAAAGAGGAACAGCGACAGGCUUGGAAACGGAGUGCUCUAUGCCUCUGUGAACCCAGAAUAUUUCAGCGCCUCAGAUGUGUACGUUCCAGAUGAAUGGGAAGUACCCCGGGAAAAGAUUACCAUGUGCCGAGAAUUGGGGCAGGGCUCCUUUGGAAUGGUGUACGAAGGGAUAGCGAAAGGCGUGGUUAAAGACGAGCCAGAAACCAGGGUGGCCAUCAAAACAGUCAACGAGUCAGCAAGCAUGCGAGAGCGGAUUGAGUUUCUGAAUGAGGCUUCGGUGAUGAAGGAGUUCAACUGCCACCAUGUCGUGCGGCUGCUUGGAGUUGUUUCUCAGGGCCAGCCCACGCUGGUCAUCAUGGAACUUAUGACCCGUGGAGACUUGAAGAGUUACCUGCGGUCACUCCGACCAGGCACAGAGAAUAACCCAGCUCAUAUUCCUCCAGCCCUAAAGAAGAUGAUUCAGAUGGCAGGCGAGAUUGCGGAUGGCAUGGCUUAUCUCAACGCCAACAAGUUUGUCCACAGAGAUCUCGCUGCAAGGAACUGUAUGGUGGCUGAGGACUUUACUGUGAAAAUUGGAGAUUUUGGCAUGACGAGAGAUAUCUACGAGACCGAUUACUAUCGCAAAGGUGGGAAGGGACUGCUGCCCGUCCGCUGGAUGUCCCCAGAAUCACUGAAGGACGGCGUGUUCACGACAAACUCGGACGUCUGGUCUUUUGGUGUCGUCUUGUGGGAAAUAGCCACAUUAGCAGAGCAGCCUUACCAAGGCAUGUCCAACGAGCAAGUUCUUCGCUUCGUGAUGGAGGGCGGUCUUCUGGAGAAGCCAGACAACUGUCCUGAUAUGCUUUUUGAGCUGAUGCGCAUGUGCUGGCAGUACAAUCCCAAGAUGAGACCCUCCUUCCUGGAGAUCAUCGGGAGCAUAAAGGACGAACUGGACCCAGCCUUCAAAGAGGUCUCCUUCUUCUACAGCGACGAGAACAAGCCGCCCGACACGGAGGAGCUUGACUUAGAGACAGAGAACAUGGAGAGCAUUCCUUUGGAUCCUUCCUCAACCCUCCAACCUUCUGACAAACACUCAGGACAUAAAGCUGAGAACGGCCCCGGCGUGGUGGUCCUGCGGGCCAGCUUUGAGGAGAGGCAGCCGUACGCGCACAUGAACGGGGGGCGCAAGAAUGAGCGAGCCUUGCCUUUGCCUCAGUCUUCGGCCUGCUGACCUUUCAGAACCAGGUGUUGUUGUUUUGUCGUUGUCGCGAAAUCGUGCAUCUGCACAAGCAUCGGGAGAGGGGCGGGGGAGAGAGAGCAAGCAAAGCAAGCAAGAAAAAUAACAAUAUAUUCAAAAGCCUACUGUACCUCAGUGGAUCUUCAGAACUGUCAUAGCUGCACACAGGAGAAUCCUCUCUUCGGUUUAAAAGUCGAAAUAGCAUUUUUCUCUCUCUUUUUUUCUUUUUUUUUUCAAUAUGCAAGCAGAAGAUUGUUUCAAAGCAAAAAAACAAAACUCUGAAUGUGGGGCACACACUCAGCCUUCUGAAACUCUUUGACAGUAACAAUAGCAAAUGAAAACUUGAGAAUCUGAUGCGUGCAUCCCCCUUUCUUUCCUUCCUUUCUGCUUCAUAAUGGGAAACAUAUCUGCGUGAAGUUCAACUGUACGGCACUUUUUUUUUUAAAGAAUCACAUCAAAAGAAAAAUGGCAGGCCAGCAGAGGCACACACACACACUCUCUCUCCCUUUCUCUCUCUCUCUCUCUCUCUCCCUCCCUCCCUCCUUCUCUCUCUCUGUUCCCCCUCGCAAGAAUCUGCUUAACACUUUAGGUUGUUACAAAAGCAAAGCAGGAUUUAAAGAGGGGCAGGGGGAAGGACUGGAUUUUUAAUAUUAUUCCUUAGUCUUUUUAGGAUCACCUUAGAGAUAAAAAGAAAGGCCAUUAUUUGUCCAAGCUUGUAAACUGUUUUCAACGCUGCCAAAUUUUGCCAAAAAAACACACAAAACGAACUUUCUUUUAGGGGUGUUUGUUUUUGGGUAGGCAUCGAGGGGGCAAAAUAAUCACAUGGUCCCUUAAAAUGAAACGCAGACCAAUACACUCCAAUCAUACACUGGCAUUAUUAAAAAAAAAAAAUCAGACUGUCUAGAUUUUUUUUUUUUUUUUGACUGGACAAAAAGCCUGAUUUUUUUUUUAAUGCGGUUGAGAACAUAAAGGAGAGGGUAGAGGUGAAAUAAAUUACCUCCCCUUAUAUGAAUUCUGGACAAAACUGGCACUGGUUAGCCAAAUCGGGGGGGAUGGGGCGGAGAUGAAUUUUCUGCAAAAAUUCAACAGCACUACGAAAAGGAAAUAGACAGAAAAAGAAGGAAUUUCCAUGAGUUGUUCCUGCUGUUCCGUGGCAGGCUUGCGGGGAAAUACUUAAGAGAAACACACACACAAAAUGGAGAAGAAUAGCCAAUUAAACGGAUUCAAGCAUCCAACACUUUGUUGACCUUUUUUCUCUCUGUUAUUAAGACUUCAAAGGGUCUUGCAGUUCUAUGUUAGACCAUGGAUCAUUUGCAUACACAUUGUCUUUUUGUGUCACUUUUAUAACUUUUUUACAGUUCAGAUGCUCAUCUAUAUGUCUGUACAGAAAAAAAAGCUGCUAUUUUUUUUGUUCUUUAUCUUUGUGGAUUUAAUCUAUGAAAAAUCUUCAGGUCUACCCCCUUUUUUUCCUCUUGCCGACCCCUCCCUCCCCAUUCCCAAAAAAGUUUCUAAAUGCUUUGUACUAUAAUGUGUAACUUCUCUUUUUCGCCAACCCCCCGCUUUCCUAAGACGUGAUACCUGAAACAUGAUUUGCCAUCAACUGUUAAUGCCUUUUAUAAAUACGUCUCUGUUUCCUCCCCCCUGUCUUCCUCUCUCUCAUAUCUCUCUAUUCCUCCACCCCUUUUCUGUUAGUUAUUGUAACAGUAUCUAUAGGCUGUUUGGGCGGGCCUGGGUGGGGGGAGAUAUAUUUCUGGUAGCGUGACUUCUGCAUCCUGCCUGAAUAUGUAUCCUCCUCCCCCCUUUUUAACCUUCUCCUGCUUUUCCUCGCCCUUUCCCCAUAAUACAGCACCCAUGUCUGUUACAGUGCAAGGUAUGAUGCAAGCUCAGGUCAGGAAAACAAGUUAACUAUUUAGUACAUUCUUAUUCAGUGUUCAUAUUCAUAUUGGUGUAUUGAUAGCCUUACCCCCAUUUUCCUUUUGCCUUUGUUUUGUUUUUGGUUGUCUCUCUCAAACAACCACACGCAUAAAAAAAAGUACAUGCAUAUGUAUUUUAAAUGUUGGGUGCAACAGCUGUUGAGCUGCCAAUACCAGAUUUGGGGGUCAUUUAAGAAAACAACAGAUUGAUUGGUUUUUAACCCUUUCAUCCUACAAACAGCACGUCUCUUUUAGUUCUCAGCGCUGGCAACUUUGUACAAGGUCACAAAACCUCUGUGUUUGUUUUUCUUUCUUUUCUUUUGAAAAAGUAGGCUCUGGUGGCGAAAAGCGAGGGUUGCUGAUAGUUCCAGCUUGCAGAAAAUGGUGGGUGGUUAAAAAUGGAGGCAAGCCGCAAGAGGUCUUGAGCGUUUGGGGCCACUGUUUGUAUGUGAGCCGGUGGUUCCCUUGCGGCAGCUAUGAAUAUCUGCAUAAGUUCAGACCAAACUCCCCAAACAAAGCGAGGAGUAAUUUGUUAGCUGAGUUGCAUAUGUUCUGUAGAGGAACAGGGAGCCUGCAGUUUGCAAAAUCAAGGUGCCUUAACACUCGUUAAUUCACCUGUACUUAACUGCAUGGAAGUUCUGUAUUAGCACUGAUCCAACCAAAGUCUGACAGCAAAAAAAGAAGGGUUGUUCUGGGAUGGAAAUGUUGAAAUACUUCAUUUUGGGCGGGAGGGGGUGUUUGACUGAGAACAAAGAAUUAAAAUAUAAUUGCUAGAUGUGACUGGAGAUAAUGAUAUGUUUGUAGUGCUUCCCCUCCCCUCAUUUGUGUAGCUUCAGUCCCAUUAUUUUCUUUUUCACCUAUCCCAUAGUUAGCUAUAUCCCCCCCCUUUAUAAAAAAAGAAAAAAAGAAAAAAAGGUAUUCUAUGUAGGAUUUUUUUAUUUAUUUUUGUGCUAUCAGUUUAAAUCACUGUAGAGACGCCCCAUAAUAAAUUUUAAAUACUGAGAUAAGGGUUUUUGAGUUAUGACAAGGGGACAGUUUUUUAUUUUUUCUUAUUUUUUCAAACAUUUAUCUACCUCACUCUUAUUUUUGUGUGUGUAUAUAUAUAUAUAAAUAUAUAAAUAUACAUCUCUCAGCAGCCAACAGUAUACUGUUGAUAUACCGGUAACCUCAUUCAUUGUACAAACCACAUCCUCCAGGUUUUGGAGAGGAGAGGUCACUACCAAAUCAAAAAGGUCACCUAAAAACAUUUGUAGCUGCUGUUUUAAAAACACCGUUUAUGCUUUCACUUGAUGCUGUGUUGAGAGUUGAAAAUCAUUGUCAGAAGUCAUUUGAGCUGAAAUCAAUAGCUGCUCUUAAAACCUGUUGAAAUGAAUGGGCAGGGGGGGAAACCUCAGUGGAAUAUGCCCAUGUCCUCGAAAAGAAUGGCAUAGUGAAGCACAACAGACCCAGGUCAUCCUGGCUGAGAACUAGUGGCUCUCUGGGGUUUAAGAAAAUGACAACUGUUAAUACAUUUAUCAUGCACCAGUUGUGUACUGAAUUUGGAUGGUUGCUCUGCUGUGUACGGAUAAAGAGUCCAAGCAGAUGCAUGUCUUUCAGAUGCCCCAAGCACCCACAAAAAAAGACAGCUGGAGCAAAGAGGUACCUACAUAAUAAUGAUGAAGUGUGGUAGGUUCCGUUCUCUGGCUAAAACAAAGAGUGAAUGUGCUGUCCUCAAUCCAAGAACCCACUCAAUGUACACUUUAGGAACUUUGGUGGAGAGGAGUGGGAGCUGCUUCUGUUUUAACAGGAGCGCUGAGGCAUGUUUUAUUCUGUGCAGAUUGAAUGUGCUGAUCAUCUUGAAAUCCUUUCCCCCACACCUCCAAAACUCUGCUUUAGGUGUGGGUUCUGACCAUCCCGUCAGAUUUGUCACAGCUUAAUCCUUUUUUAUUCUGCAUACCUGAUUCUGGAAGUUGUUCCUGCAGGUAUGGCUUGUGGCACCUGAUUGUGUUAGCUGACUAUUUUUGGAAUUAUGGAGCCUCUUAGAUACAUGGCCCAUGGUUACACACUUCAGUUGUCGCCUUGAGAGAGCAUGACUAUCUAGUUCCUGCGCUUGACCUUGGGAUGAGUGGGAGGUGGUAAGGAAUCUGGAACGCCAGAUGUGCCAGGCUUCCCCUGGCUUAAUCUCUUGGUUUUGCCCUUUUCUUCUUGGUGAUCCUUUGUGGUGGUGGUGGUGGCCUCUGUUCUCUUGCACAUAUUAAAUCUCCACAACCGUGGGGAUCCUCACUCAGUCCUUUCAGCUGGCUAAGAGGGUUUUGUUUAAAACUGUCCAAGUUAUUAUUAUUUUUUAUUGUAUGUAGGUGGUUUUGAAAUAUUAGGAGAGAACACUAACAAUGUAGUGCCCAUCUAAAAAACACAUUUCAGAAGCAUUCAAGUGUAAGGCAGUCAUGUGACUAAGCAAGUGGGCCCAUGUGAUAAGUCAGCCCAUCUGGACCAAACCACCUCGACUCUACCAUUGCAUUCUGCACUCACAACAUUUUUAAUAAUUCCAUUUUGGUUUCCACAGUCCUUUGUAUUGGGAUUUGUGUGCGUGUGUACAUGUAUGUGUCCCAGAUCAUAUAUUAUACCUGGCUUUUCCCAUACGGUUGUUUAUGCAUGUCAAACAGAGAAUUAAUGUUGGCUUCAUAUUGGGCAUGAGGCUGGGGUUUUCAGCAAGACUGUUGUCUUGCACGGGAUGGAGAACUGAUUUUAGACCUUGAUGGGCUUGAAUUAAAGAUGUUUGGAUUAACGUUGUAAAAAAAAAAAUCUACUCGUGUUCUUAAUAGUAAACACAGAAGAUCUUGGCUCCUUCACUCACCAGAUGUGACUUACCAACACAGAUUGUCUUCAUUGAAGGAAAAAAAGAAAGCUGAACUACCAGGUCCGUUAUGUAUUUUGAUCAGAACAUAAGAAUAACCUUGAUGGAUCAGACCAAGGAUCCAACCAGUCUUAGCAUCCAUUUUUCCACAGUGGCCAGCUAGAUGUUUCUAAGCAGUCAACAAGCCAGGUACGAAGGCUGCAGCCCUUCUAGUUUAUAUCCUCCUGCAAGAUGGUUGUUGCAUCUGGAUCCAGAUGUUCCAUUUAACUUACAUGGCCAUCAGCUAUUGUUAUGGCCUCUCGUCCUCCAUGGAACCUCCUUUUUAAAUCCAUAUAAACCAGUGGCUAUCCUUGUAUCUUGUAGCAGCAAGUUCUGUGUUUUCUUUCAUGUGUCCUGAACCUUCUACCAUUGGGUGACCCAGAGAUCCAGUGUCAAUGAGAAGAACUUUCUGUAACCCAUUUUCUCUCCCUUGUGCAUUUUUUUAAAAAAACUCUAUCAUCCGCCCCCCCCUAAUGUUUUAUAUUCUAAAUUUUAAAGGCGCUGAACUUCUUAGUUUUUCCUUUCUGGGAAAAUGUUCCAACCCCAUGGUCACACCUUUUCCAGCUUGUUGAGAUGUAGUGAGCAGAAUCAUACCCAACAUUUCAAGUGACUUUGCACCAAUUGAUUAGGUUAUUUGUAAUGUUAUUUUCAAUAAAUUUCCAAACAAUCCCUAAUUGGUUUAUUUCAUUGCCACUGCACAUUAAUAGCCACCACAACCUCCAGUAUGUAUUCUUGGAAACAACUUGAUGGUUCAGAUCCCAUCAAACAUGUAUGUGUAAAGUUAGGAUUAUUUUUUGGUCCAGUGUGCAUCACACAGUUUCAUUCCCCACGAUCUUCUUUGGAGCUUUUCAUGGUCAGCAUGAGUGUUCACUAUCCUUAAUAAAUUAAAAAGCAUCAGUCCCAAUACAGAUCCUGUUGGGACUUCGUUGUUUAUAUUCCCCCAUUGAGAGGUUUCCCCAUUAUUCUUCGUUUCUGCCUCCUGUUCUUUAAUCUUAGCAAUCCAUAGGAGGAGUUGCCCUUUUAUUCCAUAACUGCUAAAUUGAUCCAGGAGUCUCUGGUGAAGGAUUUUGGCAAAAAAAAAAAAUUAGAAGUCAGAGCAAUAUAAUAUCUAUUGGAUUAUCCUGAUCUACCUGUUUUUUGAAUCUCUCAAAGAAUUCUAAAAUGUGGAUGAGGCAGGAUUUCAUUUUGCAGAAGCCAGUUUGCUGCUUCUGUUUAAUUAUUCUGUCUUCUGUACACUAUGCCAAUUUUACUGGGAUGGAUGUUCGGUGAAUGGACCUGUCUUUUUCCAGGUCCUCCUGGCUCACUUAAAAAAAUAUAAUUGUUGGGAUUUGACUACUUUCUAAUCCUCCAGUAUAGAGGCCAGUUUGUAUUGAAGCAACAUGCAAAUUUUUAAGAGCAACAAUUUCUCAUUUGGAGUUUUCAAAGAACAGCAUGUAUGCCGUCCAGAAAUGGUGACUUGUUAACUUCUGAUCUUAUAAUUAGCCCCAGAUUUGCAUUUCAUGACACCUCCAUUUGAUGUAGUACCCACCCCCACCCACCCCCCAAAAUGUGAUUCAUAUGUGUCUGUCACUGAGUUCUUUUAGUGAUGUGCAGGAGGUGGUUUGGUUUCAGAGGAAGGAAUUUUGUAUCAACACAGAAGUGUUGCAUGCUUGGUUACUAUUAAAUCAGAUGUUAACCUUGCUAUGAAAAGAACUAGACACCAAAAGCAGAGCAUGAGGUGGGGCUAAUUUCCAAUUAAUUUCUCCUCCUUGAGAGAAGAGAUGUUAAAGAUUCUUUCACAGUUUAACGCUGAUGCUACUGUUGAUACAGAAAAUAAAAGAAAUGCGCAGCCUCAAGACUAGUCACGAGAUGGAACUGCUUUUUAGAUCUCUGGGAACCUGCUGUGGGUUGUUUACUACAAUCCAUGGCUGUAUGAAUGACACUCCUGUUGUUGAUAUAAUGUUCUAUGUAGUUCUAUUUUUUAAAAAAAUUCCAUUCCAGUAGUCAGUAACGCAUUCUUGUUAUGCUCUUUUAAUUUUGUUUUUUCAAUGGUGUACUCCAUCACUGGAUAACAAUGAGUGGAUCUAUUGGGGCUCCUGCCAUAGUUGCAUAGCCCAGCAAUGAACUCUACAUACUGCAACCCCACUCUUUUAAGCAUAAUUAAAAGGGGGAAAAAAUGUUGGCACAAACAGAAAUAACAAGAGAGCAUGUCCAUAUAUAUGUGCCGACUCAAUGGUUACGUAUAGGUUGAACCCUUUUUUUCCCCUGCGGGUGCUGAAGAUACAGAACCAAUGGGGUUGUAUUCUAGAAGUUGCUGGCUAUCAUCUCAGUUUGGAAGACCAACCGGUUCUGAGUCAAGGCACUUAACAUUUCUUUUUAAUAGGUUUUUUAAAAGAACUAUAAGGAGGUCUAUCCAAACUGAAGGCAGAAAAUAUGCAAGACACUGUGAAAUACAGGUAUGGGGCAAAGAUACUGAUCUACAAAGACACAGUUUGCCCGAAGUUCGGCAUAGUUUACAAAGCAUGACAACAUCCAACUAAUUUGACCUUGCAUAAUUGAAUUCCUGUCUCAGUGUCUUUGCUGUGGAGUCAAGUACACUAUGUAGAACUUUAUUAAAGGCUAUUACUCAUGAUAACAAGUUUACCCUGAUCCAGCUCUCCAUGUGCACAUGGAGUUCUGCACACCUGGCUUCCCUGUUCACCUUAAUGGAAGGCAGCUCCGCUGAAGUAAAUGGGGAAGUCCUUGCUGGAGUGGCGCAUGUGCUCUACGCACGUACUAGAGCAGUUGGAAGGGAUUGCUGGACUGGGCCACCUGACCAUAAAUAAGUGUUGCACAAGUUCCAGAUGGCUUUCAUUAGAUGUGUAUGUGGAAUGGGUGUGUACUUGUGUGUGGUUGUCAUCUUUUACUUUUGUAUCCUUUCUGUUGACUAGCAAUCCAUUAGCAUUUUCAAUAGGGCUCUUAAGUCCAGUAGAUUACGGGUAGUCAGUUGACAAAGCUCUGGUUUACAAAACAAAACCCUUAUUACAUAUUUCAUUGCAUUUUAUAAGUACAUAGAAUGAUUUUUAUAGAAAUGUUUGUAGUUUAUAAAUGCCUAAAAUAAUUUAAGGGCACUUUUCAGUGUGCGUGGAUGUAUGUCUAAGGUUUUCUUUUCUUUUCCUUUCCUUUUUAGGAUACUGGUUUUACUAGUUAGCUUUACAAUAUGCCAAAAAAGGAUCCUGUACCAACUCUUAAAUCAUGGUUCAUUUGUUGCCCCAAAUACACAGUAAACCCAGAAUAUGUUCUGUAUCUUCAGUCACCUGGUCUUCCAGAGCCCUCUGGAUGGGUGGGAUCAUCUUCAACUGGUCAUUUCACUUAUACUGUAUGGGUGCAGGUUGGGAUAAAACCUCAUUGGUUAAGGAAACAGAACCAUUGUUGCUGCUACGCAGUCUUUAGCUACAAUCCUCAGUACGCUUCUUUGGAAGUAAGUUACACUGAAAUCCAGGGUAAAUUCAUCUCCAAGUAAACGUGUUUGGGAUUGGAAUUAUUGUUUGCAUUAUUUAAGUACCUGCUUUAUUGUUGCCUAGGUUGAUUGAAGGAUUUGACUGCAUAGUGUGAUAUCGUGGUGAAAAGCCACUUUCAAUACUUAUCACUGAAAGAAAGACAACUUACGUUUACAGAUUCCUUAUCACUUCUAUUCAAAGAAAAGGUGGCUUCGUACGCAGCCUGUACAAUUUAUGUAGAUAUUUAGCAACGUUAAAUCUUUGUUUUAAAUGACCAUCAAAGGUCCCUAUUUAUUAUUCUAAUUAUUUAAACAAGAAUACCGAAGAUCCAAUUUCUGUACCCAAAUUAAAACAGCUCCUUCUCCUCUUUACCCGAAGGGUUCUGGGUAGUUCUGUUGCCUUUUUAAAUAUUUUUUUCUGUUUUCUAAACCAGUGAGGUUUGAGAAGAAAGGACUGGCCAGAGUUGUUCUACCUCUGGAACAAAAAAGUUGGAAAAAAACACAGAAACUAGAAAGUGCUAUGGAACUGAAUGCAUUUGCAAACAACAUUUUCCAAGUUACCUUGUUUAAAAUAUAAAGUUUUUUUAAAAAAUAAUAAAAAAUAAAAUAAAACAGUAAUAACAUGGCCAAUUUAUUACAUAAAGACUUGCUAUGUAUAAAUUAUUCCUAAAGAAAUUCCUGUGUUUAUAUUAAAAUGAAUCAGUAGAUGAUGAAAAAAAUUCAAAAUGUUUUUGUAUAUUCUGUUGUAAGAAUUUAUUCCUGUUGCGAUAUAUUCUGGAUUCUUUACAUUAUGAAAAAAAGAACCUUUUGUCUAUUUUGAAUGGCUGAAGCUAAGGCUCCUUUAGUUUCUCUUACUCUGCUUUUUUUCUAGUAGUUACAGUACUACAUAAUUAAGUUAAAUAAAAAGAAUUCUGUAUGCA